CACCGUUCUGUCCAUGUGUAAGCGUUCAUUCGAGUUACGCUUGAGGCGUAUCUGUCGAGAAGUACAUGUGAAACAUGAUUCGGCUAGUCACUUUCUUGGCUGCCUGCCUGUUGGUAGGCGCUGUUCAUGGCAAAGCAGAUCAGACAAAUAAGACGGGAUGUGGUCGUGGCAAGGAUGUAAAAAAGGUGGGCAGAAGGCGAGGCGCAAACGCAACCUCCGACCAGGCAGAGAUCGAGCACAAGCAAAGCAGAAGGACUGAAGCCCUGAAUGCUGUACACCUCUCAUCCGCUAUACAUACGACACAUAACACAGGACAGGUCCUCGAAGCGCUGAAGAAGGGGCCGUAUUACCUAAACGGCACAACGCAUACUACUCAGAAGCCAUGCAUCUAUAUUGUUGUUAAAGAAUCAUCAGAUGAGUGUCAGACUGGAACACCGGUAACUUAUGGUUAUAUGGACGACGGCCGAUGGGAAAACAACACAGUCAUGGUCAAUGGCACGGGUGGCACAUUUCCUUCGGAACUUCCUGGGCCACUGAGUGGAAUGAAAAUCGUGGCUCUCGGCAGAAACUGUCUCACUCUACAUAAAAAGGAAGUACAAUCUGAGGAGACAAUUGUGUACCCGGAGUUCCUGGAGGAAAGAUCUGACAAUGGCGCCCGAACACUCAAGCUCAAGGACGACUUAACGCUAAAUUUGGUGCAGAAGUCGCCGUUUCCUGAACGUCUUCACCUUCGAACGCCCCAGCGCGAUGGUUCGUUACUGAACAAUUAUGUUUCCUCGUCGCUGUACUCGUCAAAGCUCUUCCAGGAUGAGGGCAAGUUCGCAUCAUUCGUGGUGACGGAAGACGACGGCUUGCAACUGCGCGGCAUGAUUGGCGACGAUUGGCGGAUCGAACCUCUGGCCACCGCUGAACGUUCCUCAGAAGGCCGUGUAGCCCACAGGCUGUACAAGGUGGAAGAAGAGCGUUCUGACACUCCGAUUUUCCAGUACGUUUCAGAGCCCGCGACUGAUGGAGCAGCAGGCAUUGUCAGCGAAAUGGUUGAGAGCCGACUAGACAAAACGUUUGCCCGUGCAGAAACUCAUAUCGUUGUGGACAGCGUCCUCUUUGAACAGUUCAACAAAAAUGAGACGGAUGUCAUUUUGUACUUGGGAGCAGCUAUCAACUCCGUUAAUCUAAGAUAUAAGACUAUAAAGACCCUGGACAUCGAAAUUGCCGUCGUCGGCUUCACGUUUUACAACAACACUGACGAGGAGCAGCACUUCGUCAUCUUUGAAAGUGUACAGAAUGGAAGCAAGCCUGAUUUCUCAAAGACGCUUUCCGCAUUCAAAGGUUUUUACAAGAAGAAUCACAGCAACAUAUUUUAUAAAGUGGACCUGCUCUCGUUUCUCACAGGGCGAGACAUGUGCUUAAUUAAAGGAGGCGUGGUAAAUUGCGGCAUUGCGGGUGUGGCUACCGUAGCGGGUGUAUGCGUAGAGGGACGUUCGUCUGUCGUAGAAGACAAGGCCUGGUCUUUCAGUGUUGUGAUUCGUUUGGCACACGAGUUCGCUCACAACCUCGGGUGCGUGCACGAUGGCUCACCACCUUUGACGAAUGUGAACGGCCAUCCAGGUGCUGAAACAUGUCCCUGGAACGAUGGCUUCUUGAUGAGCUACAUCACUAACGACAAGCACUUCCAAUUCUCCAACUGCUGUGCUGAGCAGAUUCAUUUCAUUUCCCGACUCGAAGAGAAGCUAUGCCUGUACUACAACAACAGCGACAGCAGUGAUCGUGUUGAAACUGACGCUCUACCAGGAGACUUAGUAUCGCUGGAUAAAUAUUGCGAAUUGACUUUCGCACAUUUGACUGAUUACCAAUUUAAGUUCGAUAACGAGACGGGCAUCAAAGCUGGUUGUGUGGUUCCUUGCGUAGGCAAGAGUGAGAAGCAGGGAGCAACGCAGGUUUAUGGAGCUAUAGACCAACUGGAGGGCUCCCCUUGUGACCCUUAUGACAAAGAUAAGGUGUGCAUUGAAGGAGAGUGUAAACAUCACGAAGUUUGCAAGGGCUGCACCAAGCGUCCAUCACAAUCAAAAAUGCCAAAGCGGAGAAAGCCUACGAAACCAGUUGUCAUGAAUAUUACACACAGGGGCAACUUAUUUGGCAAAGGAAAAAAAAAAACAGUUUCCUAAACUCAUCUGUGCAGAUUCAUUCGCGAUAAUAUGCAGAAGCUCUCUCUGGAUGUUCAACAGAACGAAAGCAGAUAUAGACGCUUUCGGUCUCUGUGCUUCCCGUUUUUCUUUGUAAGUGUGAAUAAACACAACCAGAGCUUCCGCAUUUUUUCUUGUUCUCGCGUGCACUCGCCGGAAGCACGAGGUGUGAUGUCGGUGACUGGACUGCAUAUGUGAUGCACAAGUCAUCGUUUUGAAUUUGUGUAGUGCGCGUUUCGAAAAUCACUUUGCAUGUCUCGUACUCAAAACGCUUCAAUUCACCAGUUUUGUGGAGUAGCUUGUGAAAUGGUGCACUACUUAUUUCUUUUUGCCACAGUAGUCCAGUGCGUAGCAGACAUAGCAAUUUGGUGCUUGACCCUGUGGGGUAUGUUGUGAUCACAAAAUUCAGGAUAACAGCAAUCAAAAGCAAAAUGUGAUGAGACAGUUAAAAAACAAAUAAAGAAGAUCAUGAAGUUUAUUUUGCUGAACACUCCCUAACAAAAGGAAAGAAAAAAAAAGUCAAAUUGGAUCAGACAUCAUAACUGAUCGCACAUCAUGGGAGUCAUAUCAGAGGGUGGAUCACAUAAGCUCAUAGGUGAUGUCCAAGCAUAAGGCAAUUACCAGACUGUCCCUCAGAGUCGAUGAUGCACAGCUCCCCUCAAGGACAAUAGUGGCAUCUGCACACCAUUGCAGCACAUCCAUUCCCCACAGUAUCGAUUUUAGUCCUGCCAUUGCCAUAUUAAAGAGUAUAGGACUGAGAAUGCUUUCUUGAGGUACGCCUUGAUGAAUAUGGUGCUUGGGGCUUUGUUCGUGGGAUGUGUGGACAGCAACAGUUCGGUCCGUAAGGAAAUCGUGGAGCCAGCUGAAGAGGCGACCCGAUACGCCAAAAAAACGCAACCAGUGGAGCCUCACAUGUGUGCGAGACGGUAUCAUACGCGCGCUUAAUGUCCAGGAAGACCGAUUCAACGAUCCGCCGAUGAGCACGAGCCGCCAGCGUCGUGCUGUAGAGCGUCGUGCUGUAGAGAGUGUCGUGCGACUGUAGAGACUAAACGAGGUCGAGAACUGGAUCCAUGGAGCCUCGGUGGCGACGAAAUCCAGCCAUUUCUUGAAGGAACACACUUUGUUUUUCGAGCCACCAGUCGAGGCGAUGUAAGACCAUUCUCUCCAUCAGUUUUCCCAUACAGCUUGUCAUACUCCCAGGGCGUAAGGAGGAUGGGGCAUUUUGGGGUUUGCCUGGGUUCAGGAUGGGAACAACUAGUGCCUCCCUCUAUGUAGAUGGUACGGAUCCCUGUCGCCAAGACGUAUUAUAAACAUGAUGGAGAGCUUGGAAUGACUGCUCGUCAAGGUUUCGCAGUGCGGCAUAGGUGAUUUUAUCUGGUCCUUUGAACGAUCGCACAUUCACAAGUUUUAACGCAGUCUUCAGAUCGAUUAGAGUAAAGUCGCGGUUCAUAACGUCCGGCGGGCGGGGGCAGUCUUGGUCGAUUUCUGUCGUCAAGCUCUGGACAAAACUGUUGUAUACCACAGGCGUUGAGGCAGCCCCCAGUGUCGUAAGGACGACCUAGAAAUCUGCCACUAGCGUGGUUUCGUCUACACCCUUAACCAUAGCCAAUGCCGCGAGAGGAUUCUUUUGUAGGGGCGCAUCCUUCAAAAUCGAAAGGGAGAAUUUCAAAGGUCGAAUUGUCCUCCAAAUCUCUGUGGCGGGUUCAAACGGUGAAAGGUGUUGACAAAACUUACGCCAACGCUUCUGGUCUUCGUUCUUAAGUUCUCGUAUUAGCUUAGCUCUCAUCCGGUAUGCCACAAUAUCAGGAAGAUGCCCAGUCCGGGAAGCCGUUCUCUCUGCUCGGGGACGUAAUGCUCUAAGGUGGUUAAUUGCUGAAUGACCGACAUGACCUGUUACCCUUUUAGACUGGACAACCGCGUUCUGCAUGGCGGCACGAAUGCCUUGCGACAGAGCCUCUGGGGACAUACCGGUGUACACAAAUGUUCGGAGGCGGGCACGAAAGAGUCUCCAGUCUGGGAAAGGAAUCAAUCCAGUAGUGGGUGACCGAGGCACUCUUUCGUGCGAAAUGUAGAAGGGAAAGUAGUCACUACCUCGGGUGUCGACAUCGGUAGCGCACGACAAGUGACGAAUUAUGUCUGCUGAGCACCAGGAAAUAUCCAGGACAUCGAGCGACGUUGGUGAUCGCAUAUAAGUUGGCUGUCGGUUGUUAAGUAGGCACAUGUCAACAGUCUCCAUUGCUUCCAAACAAUCUCCUUCCCCGUCCGUCCAUUCUACGGCUUCCCCAGGCCGUAUGAUGAGCAUUGAAGUCACGCGGCACGGUGGCUGGUGAUUCAGUUCACGGAACCUGUACCGCGGAACGUAGAUAGAUACUUCCGAGGCAGCACAAACCCUCGGGGAAAGAAUGGGCACCCUAUGGGGGCUUCGGCGCCUGAAUCCUGGGUUCCAGCGGUGGGGGAACGGAGGAGGUGGAGCGCAAGAGAAGAUGGUUAGAAGGUCGUUAGUCCCCCGACGGUGCAGUGAUCACUUCCCGGUCUGGACUGAUCUUGGUCAUGUGACCAAAAUAUAGGAUCGCUGCCCGAUGCUGAUCUGGUCACUUCACGAUAAUCAGUCACAUGACCGGGGUGCGGCAACGGAUUUCUCUUCCUAGACUGUCAGGCACCGAGUGUUGCAAUCACGUGACCGACAGUUCCGAAUCUGCCAAUGAUGUUCCUGAGCCUUGUUUGCACUGUUCGAGUCCCCGUCGCCCUCGCUGUGAGUAAUGAAUGUGUCCGGCCGGGCUCCUCAUACUUUCGAAGAAUUGCGACAUUUUUAAGUGAUUCAUCGAAGAGUAAGUGCUAUUUAUUCUUGUGGUACUCCUCGCAUUGAUAAACGUUACUCACUGUACCGUUCUAGAAGGCUUCCCUCGAAACUGGAAACACAGCAUCACAUAGUUUCGAUUUCAGUGAUCCAUCGCGGUUUUCGCGUUGCUUUUAGGAUAGUGGACUAUGUUUUGGUGAAAAUAUGCUUGAGUAAAGUAGAAUCGUGUGUAUAUUGUGUAUGUGAUGUUAUACGAAAUAUAACCAUUUCUCAGGACAACUGCGUGCUGGAGCUGUAUUUUCCAAGUCCUGCAUGUCUACAAAAAUUGGAAUGCUGGGGUCUUCCGCUGAAGGACCACUUCCAGAGCGUGCUUAAAGUGUGCACCACCACAUCUCUGCCUCAGAGCCAGUGAUGAUGGUCAAGCUUUUUCUACCGGAUCUUGUCAUGCUGACAGCAUGAAGUUUAGCUAUUUGAUCUGUAUUCAAUAACGUGUGCGUGUUAUGGUGUGGUGUACGUGUGGUGUACGUGUCCUUGUGUACGUGUGGUGUACGUGUGGCGUGCCUGUUAUGGCGUGUUAUGGUGUGGUGUACUUUUGUCAGUGUAACACUGACCUCAAGCUAUUUUCCACUUUCAGAAUCCACCCAGCACUUCGGUUACAACACUAUGAACCUAUAGCGCUGUGAUGUUUGCGUGAAAGCAAAACAAUCUGAUAUGCUGUGUUGUUUUUUUCUUUUAAAAGGACUUCGGGUAUUCAUAAUAAGGGGCCUUCAUAGCAAGAAAGCCAAUGUAUAAGAAAAGGCAUCUUCUUGAUACAUUGAUAUUUUGCACGGUUCUAAAGGUUCGAGUCUUCAAAGGCAAUCCAGACAUCAUCAACCGCCAACCCCGACGCCGAAGUACCGAGACCAACCUACUCCGCCGCUGUGAGACAGGUGCCACCUACUCGUCCGUCGUACUACGGAAACCGUUGGACGCCUCCUCGGCCUGUCCAACCUACUCCUAGCGUCCCGCCACACCCUCAGCCGUUUCGCAAAACGGGCGUUUGGCGGACUCCCGACUUCAGACCGCUUUGCUACCACUGCAGAGAGGCCAACCAUGUCUAUCGCCGAUGUCCCUACCGACGUCUUGGCCUUCCCGGUUUUCCACCCGACGCCCCCCGCCCCCAGCGCGGUAGUCGCCCCGCGGCAAUUGAAGACUAUCUACGGCAGCAGAAUGCUUCUGCUGGCUCGCGACGCGACCUGUCCCCGAGCGUCUCCCACCGCAGCAGGUCGCCAGGAAGAGCACGUUCACCGUCACCGACAAGACGACCUGUGUGGCGCAGCCCUAACCGGGAAAACUGAAGACUGCAACUCCGGGAGGUGAAGCUGCGGACCGAUGACAAGUUACAAUUCCUCCAACUCGACGAACAGCAACGCAGCGCAACACAACUCUCCAAAAAUUACCAAUAACCUGAAAAUACUCAUCGACGGCCAUGAGAUGAUCGCGUUAAUCGAUACCGGAGCCGACGACUCUGUUAUAAGUGGUAGGUUGGUUAAGAAGCUUUGCAAGGUGCAAACGAAGUGGGAUGAGCCUAACAUCGGCACUGCUGGUGGACACGUCGUAACACCGACUGGCCGAUGCACGGCAGUCAUACAAGUGCGUGACAUCCAGUACGUCGUCAGCUUUGCCGUCUUACCGAACUGCCCACGGGAUAUAAUACUCAGAAUGGACUUACUAGUCGAAAACGAAGACUUCAUCGACUUACUUCAGACUUAUCGACUUCACAAAUGGAGUUAUCUCUUUUAAAACGCCGGAAACAGCAGAAGACAAGUGGUGGGCACGAAUAACCGCGAAGAAACGCGCAAACACGGACGUAACCGCCGUGACGACUUAGCACGUCAACCUGCCUCCCUUGUCGUCAGUCCUUGUGACCGCUACGUGCGAGAGAGCACGGACUGGCUGUUUGUUGGCUGAAGGCAACACGCAACUUCUCCUCGAACGAGGAAUUGGGAUAGCAAGAGGAAUUGUGCCCGUAAGAAACGGAAUAUUCCAACUCCUGGUUACAAAUUUUCGCCCGGAGCCACAACACCUGGCGAACGGCACGAAGAUAGCCGUCAUCGUAGACCAAUACUCCACCAUGGAUGUUUGCCUGAUGGGCACUGCUCGCAUCGCGGUCACCACGGAACACGAGGCCGAACAUUUCGACGUAAACCCUCAACUCAAAAGCAAACCCUUCUCCAGAUGCUCAACGAUUUCAGUGACUGCUUCGCUGCAUCGUCGAAAGUAAGACAAACGCCCAUUGCGAAGUACCGCAUCAUCGUCGACGAAAAGGCCCGUCCAAUUCACCGCAUGCCAUACCGGGUCUCCUGCAAAGAGCGAGAAACGAUCCGAACGCAAGUAGAAGAGAUGCUAAGAGAUGACAUUAUCCAGCCGUCGACCAGUCCGUGGGCAUCGUCGGUGGUACUAGUGAAGAAGAAGGACGGAACACUCAGGCUCUGCGUCGAGUACCGGAAACUCAAUGAGAUAACGAACAAGGACGUCUACCCGUUACCGCGCAUCGACGACACGCUCGAUCACCUUCAAAACGCAUAAUUUUUCUCUUCCAUGGACCUCAAGACAGGGUACUGGCAAAUUGAAGUCGACGAACGGGACCGUGAGAAGACUACCUUCGUCACUCCGGAUGGACUUUACGAAUUCAAGGUUAUGCCUUUCGGCCUUUGCACAGCACCAGCGACGUUCCAACGUGUUAUGGACAGAGUUCUCGCCGGGUUAAAGUGGCAAGCCUGCCUGGUGUACCUCGACGAUGUUGUCGUCUUCGCAAGAACAUUCGAAGAACAUGUUGAACGGCUAAAGCAAGUCCUCGAGGCUAUCAGAACUGCAGGGCUGACGUUGAAGCCUCAGAAGAGUCGAUUCGGCUACGAGGAAAUCAGAUUUCUCGGCCAUCUCGUGAGCAGCGACGGCGUACGCCCCGACCCCGAGAAGACGGUGGCCAUUGCAAAUUACCGUGUUCCUUCUGACGUGAAAGACGUUCGAAGCUUUCUUGGCCUUUGCGCCUACUGCCGACGGUUCAUUCCGAACUUUUCAAGAAUUGCGUCACCCCUGAAUGCCCUCACGAAGGACGGAUCCACGUUUAUCUAGAGUGAAGCCCAGCAACAGGCGUUUGAUGAAUUGAAGACGCGUCUACAGACCGCACCCGUGCUGGCCCACUUCGAUCCAAAUGCCGAAACAGAAAUACACACCAACGCAAGCAACGAUGGUCUAGGAUCCGUGCUGGUUCAACUUCACGACGGCGUCGAACGUGUCAUCGCUUACGCAAGCAGAACGCUAACCAAGGCAGAAAAGAUCUAUUCGACGACCGAAAAAAAGUGCCUUGCACUCAUAUGGGCCAUCACAAAGUUGCGCCCCUACCUGUACCAAGGGGAUGAAACUCGCGAGUUCACUUGCGGACUAAAGUGAGGCGCUGCGAGCUUUUCGCGUCAUCAAACGUCAUGAAACGUCAGAAUUUUUACGUCGAAGAGCGAGUUCUCAACCGUCACGUGCCCAUUGGCUCCUGAGGCCGCUCCCCCGGUAUGCGAGCGCUCAUUGGUUGGUUUGAAAUUAUGAACUUUCCAUGGCGCGCUCAAGCCGGCGACCGUGUCGGCGGUGCCGGAGCAACUCCAGCAACUCGCCGCAAAGUUUCCAAAUGUGUUGGGUGCAGCAGGGACGCAAGCAGAGCAUCUACGCCGGUACCGCUUUGGAUGGUUUUUAGUGUCCUUCCCUAACAUGUUGUCGAUACUGACUCUGAAAAACUCGGUGCCUCAUGGAUACUUCUGCAAGUCAAUUGAGUGGUAGAUAAGCGGAAGGCAGGUGUGCUUCGCUUGCUUGGUGCGACAACGAUUCAAGGAGGACGAAUACUGUGUUUUUCCGCUACUCACUCGAUGACAGGUAUAAGCACUCAACUCAUAUCUUCUUCAGAAUAGCAUCUGCAUGGAUACAGUAGAAUGGAUAUGACACGAUGACACUCAGAGUGGUUGGAUCAUCAUCUUUCGGCGUAGCAGCUUCACAAUUUCGUUUGUGACGGAUCAACCAGGGGCCUACACAAGCAGCAAUAUGGACACGUUCUCUGUCAUGCCGGACCUCUGAAUGUGUGUGCCUGUGCAGCCAAUAUACUGUUGUUCUACUGUGAAAUCUUCCACGUGAGACAUCAGCUAUCAGUGAAUGCAAAGUUGCUUCGGCAUUUCAUUCGAACUUCAGAAACAAUGUUCACAUCAUGUUCGUGUUGUGCACAGCUACAGCAGACUUCAUAUUUGUGCUUUGGAAAUACCUAUCCCGGAAAAUAAAGCACUUUGUGUAACAGA